UGCGGGGCUCCCCCGACCUCCUCUGCCUCCACCAGCUGCGGGACUCCCUUGACUUCCACCUCCUCUACUUCUUGGAAUUAUGCAGCCACAGGCUAAUUGGCGAGACAGGUCACCAGUCAGAACAUUCCAAAGGUUUUCAAACUCGGAGGCCUUGGGGCAACAGGCGCCACAGACGUGGAGGAAGAAGGAGGGGGCGUGGCCGUGGUGGAGCAAUAACCUUUAACUUCUUCUUGUAAUGGUCUACAUAGAAACCAAAGGCCUAUAGCCUACGACCUAUCACGUUGUCUUAUCUAUCACUUGCACUCAGGUGCAUGCCCAACUCUUGAUACCACCACAAGCAGACACCAUGUUCCUGAAGAUGAGUCGCUCAAGAAAUGCAGGGCAUGAGCCAUCCUAGCAACUUGCACCUUUGAACGACGAAGAUUGGAAAGGUACUGCCUCCGUCAGGCACUAAAGAGCACAGUGAAUGAUGCCAA